AUGGCACGAACAAAACAGACUGCACGCAAAUCCCAAUCUACAGACACAUCUCUUGAAAUCCAAAAGGGAGCCAAAAAAAGGACUGCAGGCGAGGCGAACGUGGCAGGCGAAACUCCUCAAAAACGCGCUGCGAUCCAACAAACUGUCAACCCAGCUGCCAGCUCAAGCUCCUCAUCAAUCCCACAAUAUGUCUACGCAGUAAUUUAUUCCUCGAUGAAAGUCUACACCGGCGACUAUGAAGACCAUUACGGUGGAGGAGAUGAAGAAAAGCCCGAAGUCCUUGCUGUCUACUCUGACGUGGAUGAUGCGAACAGAAGAGUUGUACGGGAAUAUGGGGAAUGGGAUGGGACAGUAAAUCCCCAUGAGGAGUCUUCAUUUGAUUUCACAGGCCCUUCAUAUGAGUGGCAGGUUGACUCGGAUAAUGACAUAGAGGGUAGGAAAGUUGCUAUUGAGAAGUGGACUCUCUACGGCCCUGGAUCUGAGCCAGUGAAAAAGCGGGAAAGGUUGAUUCCAGGGGAAGAGGGAUUUGAUGAUGAAGAAUCGGACGAUUGA